ACUAUUUUAGAAAACACAAAACAGAGACAAGUUCUUUCGAUCGACGUCCUCAGUUCUAAUUUCUAACCCCUGGAGGUCCCUCAAUUUUCAAUGGCUCUUCGCUCACCAAUACCCUUCUCCAUCGUCUAAAAAUCCCACAAAACCCCUAAAUUCUCUGUAACUCAGCAAUAACGAACUAAAUCUCGAGAUCUCAAUUUGCUUCUCCCCAAAAUGCUUCGAUUGAGAGCUUUUCGCCCUUCGAGCGAGAAGAUCGUCAAGAUCCAGCUCCAUCCAACUCACCCAUGGCUCGUCACCGCCGACGACUCCGAUCACGUCUCGGUUUGGAACUGGGAGCAUCGCCAGGUGAUCUAUGAAUUGAAAGCAGGUGGAGUUGAUGAGAGGCGGUUAGUGGGGGCGAAGCUGGAGAAGCUGGCCGAGGGUGAAUCAGAGCCCAAAGGAAAACCAACAGAAGCCAUCCGUGGAGGAAGCGUGAAACAGGUUAGCUUUUAUGAUGAUGAUGUGAGGUACUGGCAACAUUGGCGCAAUCGCUCAGCAGCAGCAGAAGGCCCAUCUACACUGAGUCAACAAUCUUCUGCUUUUGGCUCUCCAAUCCCAUCCACCAGGGGGAGGCAUUUUCUUGUCAUAUGCUGUGAGAAUAAAGCUAUAUUUUUGGAUUUGGUGACAAUGCGGGGGCGGGAUGUACCUAAGCAGGAGCUUGACAACAGAUCACUUCUUUGUAUGGAAUUUCUCUCUAAAACUGCUGCUGGCGAUAGCCCUCUUGUUGCUUUUGGUGGAUCUGACGGCGUAAUAAGAGUUCUCUCUAUGAUAACAUGGAAGCUUGUUCGAAGAUAUACUGGCGGUCAUAAGGGAUCAAUCUCUUGCUUGAAAACAUUCAUGUCUUCUUCUGGCGAGGCUCUCUUGGUUUCUGGUGCUAGUGAUGGGUUGCUUAUAAUCUGGAGUGCAGAUCAUAUUCAUGAUUCACGUGAACUUGUUCCCAAGCUUAGCUUAAAGGCACAUGAUGGAGGGGUGGUUGCUGUAGAACUGUCAAGGGUGAUGGGAGGUGCACCACAACUUAUUACUAUUGGUGUUGAUAAAACCUUAGCUAUAUGGGAUACUAUUUCAUUUAAGGAACUGAGACGUAUAAAACCUGUUUCAAAACUUGCUUGUCAUAGUGUGGCAUCUUGGUGCCAUCCUCGUGCUCCAAACCUUGAUAUUCUUACUUGCGUCAAAGAUUCACAUAUCUGGGCUAUUGAACAUCCUACAUAUUCAGCUUUGACGAGGCCAUUGUGUGAAUUGUCGUCACUUGUUCCUCCACAAGUACUUGCAACUACCAAAAAACUUAGGGUCUACUGCAUGGUCGCACAUCCAUUACAACCCCACCUUGUUGCCACCGGAACAAAUAUUGGUGUUAUUCUGAGUGAGUUUGAUCCAAAAUCCCUUCCAGCUGUUGCUGCUCUACCAACACCACCAGCCAGCAGGGUGCAUUCCGCUGUAUAUGUAGUUGAAAGGGAGCUUAAAUUGUUAAAUUUUCAGCUUUCUAACACAUCCAAUCCAGCCCUUGGUUCUAGUGGCUCCUUAUCUGAGGCAGGAAAAUCAGAUUCAGCUGAAUCUUUGCAAGUUAAACAGACUAAGAAGCAUAUUAGCACCCCUGCGCCACAUGAUUCAUAUUCAGUUCUCUCUGUGAGCAGUUCUGGAAAGUAUGUCGCUAUUGUGUGGCCCGAUAUUCCUUCAUUUGCAGUGUACAGGGUUAUUGAUUGGGUAGUUGUUGACUCAGGGACUGGUAGGCAUUUUGCUUGGGAUACUUGUCGUGAUAGAUAUGCUUUGCUGGAGGCAACGUUGGCUCCAAGAAUGCCCAUUAUCCUUAAAGGUGGUUCAUCUAAGAAAGCGAAAGAAGCUGCUGCUGCAGCAGCUGCAGCAGCUAGUGCAGCUUCUUCUGCAACUGUGCAAGUCAGAAUCUUACUGGAUGAUGGGACUUCACAUGUUCUGACAAGGUCUAUAGAUGGUCGUAAUGAACCGGUUGUUGGAUUGCAUGGUGGUGCUUUGCUUGGUGUUGCAUAUCGGACAUCUCGGAGGAUUAGUCCUCUGACUGCAACUGCUAUUUCAAGUAUUCAAUCAAUGCCAUUAUCAGGCUUUGGCACUGGUGGUGUUUCAUCUUUUGCUGAUGAAAGGUCUUCUACAGAGGCGGCGCCUCAAAAUUUCCAGCUAUACAGUUGGGAAACUUUUCAACCUGUAAGCGGCCUUCUUUCCCAGCCUGAGUGGACUGCAUGGGACCAAACUGUUGAGUAUUGUGCCUUUGCUUACCAUCAAUACAUUGUCAUAUCCUCGCUGCGCCCGCAAUAUAGGUUUCUUGGGGAUGUUGCAAUUCCAUCUGCCACCAGUGGUGUUUGGCAUCGCAGGCAGCUUUUUGUUGCUACACCGACUACUAUUGAGUGUGUUUUUGUUGAUGCUGGAGUUGCAGCUAUUGAUCUUGAAACUAAAAGGAGAAAAGAAGAAAUGAAGGCCAAGGAAGCUCAAAGCAGAGCAGUUGCUGAGCAUGGUGAGUUGGCACUUAUUGCGGUCGACACCCCACAAGUUUCUCAAACUGAAAGAGUCUCCUUAAGGCCUCCAAUGUUGCAGGUUGUGCGGCUAGCCUCCUUUCAGCACACACCUUCAAUACCACCGUUCGUAGCAUUGCCGAAACAGUCAAAAAUAGAUGGGGAGAAUGUCGCUAGCCAGAAGGAGGCACAUGAAAGAAAAGUCAGUGAAGUUGCUGUUGCAGGUGGAGGAGUGUCUGUUGCUGUUACCAGAUUUCCUCCUGAACAGAAACGUCCUGUGGGACCUCUUGUUGUUGUUGGUGUCAGAGAUGGUGUCCUUUGGCUCAUUGACAGGUACAUGUGUGUGCAUGCCUUGGCCCUCAGCCAUCCUGGUAUUCGCUGCCGCUGUCUUGCUGCUUAUGGAGAUGCUGUUAGUGCAGUAAAAUGGGCUAGUAGACUUGGACGUGAGCACCAUGAUGACUUGGCCCAGUUCAUGCUUGGAAUGGGAUAUGCAACUGAAGCUCUUCAUUUACCUGGGAUAUCUAAGAGGUUGGAGUUUGACUUGGCUAUGCAGAGUAAUGACUUGAAAAGAGCUCUGCAAUGCUUGUUGACAAUGAGUAAUAGCAGGGAUGUUGUGCAAGAAAGUGCCAGUACGGAUAUAACUGAGAUCUUAAGUUUGACAGCUGCCAAAAAGGAAAAUCUAGUUGAUGCUGUACAAGGAAUCAUGAAAUUUGCGAAGGAGUUUAUGGAUCUUAUUGAUGCUGCUGAUGCUACCGGACAGUCUGACAUUGCCCGGGAAGCUCUGAAGAGAUUAGCUGCUGCUGGUUCUGUCAAAGGUGCAUUGCAUGGUAACAUUUUGAAAGGGGUAGCACUGCGGCUUGCAAAUCAUGGAGAGCUUACACGACUAUCAGGUCUGGUAAAUAAUUUAAUUACAGCCGGCCAUGGGCGUGAAGCAGCCUUUGCAGCAGCAAUUCUGGGAGAUAAUGCGCUGAUGGAGAAGGCAUGGCAGGACACUGGAAUGCUUGCUGAGGCUGUACUCCAUGCUCAUGCCCACGGUCGGCCAACAUUAAGAAACCUAGCGCAAGAAUGGAACAAGAUGCUACAAAAGGAGCUUGAGCCUACAUCCCAUGCCAAGACCGACGCUGCUUCAGCAUUCUUGGCUUCUCUGGAGGAGCCCAAGCUCACAACCCUAGCAGAAGCAGGAAAGAAGCCACCUAUAGAAAUUCUUCCUCCGGGUAUGGCGUCCUUAACUGCUCCUCCCAUUACAAUCAAGAAGUCUCCUGCUGCGCAAGUACCCACCUUGCCUCAGCCUGGGAAACCAUUGAUGCUUGAAGCAGCUCCAAAAUCAGUUGCUGGUAGUGGUGGUGGUGAUGAGAAAGAGCCCAGUACAUCAGCUGAAGCCCCAGCAAGCAGUCCAAAUACGGCACCAGAAAGUAGUUUGCAUGCUGAGCCAGCAAAGAGUUCAGAUGCUGCUGAAGCAAGCAGUCCAAAUGGCGCAGCAGCAAGAAGUCUUAAUGGUGCAGCAGCAAGCAGUCCUGCUGCGCUUGAGGACAGUUCGAGUGUCGGACCUGAAACCACUGAGUCGCUGCCGCCUGCUACAGAGCCUGCUGAGGCUGUUAUAUGA